AUGGCAAGUAUCACCAAACACGUAGCAACAUUAAUCCGAUCAAAACCAAGUGUACUAUUGAUCGGCAAACUACAUCAUUGCAAGAGUGAAUGGUCCGAACUCCAAACCAAAUACAAAACAUAUGAGUUCACAGGCAACCGCCAGCAAUUCUUACAAAACUGUCAAUCCGGAACAUGGGAUGGGGUUGCAGCACUUUACCGAACAAAUUCAACACUCGAGACCGGGCCGUUUGACAAGGAGCUUGUCCACGCCCUGCCGUCGACAUUGAAGUUCAUCUGUCUCAAUGGUGCAGGAUAUGAUGGGAUGGAUAUGAAAGCUUGUACCGAAAGAGGUAUACAGAUUUCUAAUACUCCAAAGGUCGUUGCGGAUGCCACGGCCGAUGUGGCCAUGUUCUUGAUGUUGGGUGCGUUGCGCCAGGCUAUGAUACCUUUAGUAUCUAUUAGGAAAGGACAAUGGAAAGGUGAUACGCCUCUAGGCUGUGAUCCUGGGGGCAAAGUACUAGGGAUUUUGGGGAUGGGUGCUAUUGGACAGGCUAUUGCGCAUCGGGCUCGUGCGUUCGGUUUGAAUAUUAUCUACCAUAAUCGUUCCAAGCUCCCUAGAGAUAAAGAAGAAACAGGGGACAGCAAAUAUGUGACGUUUGAUGAACUUCUGCGAUAUUCAGAUAUCAUCAGUCUUAAUUUACCAGCCACAGAGAAAACUCGACAUAUCAUCUCGAAAGCUGAGUUCGAGAAGAUGAAGGAUGACGUGGUCAUUAUCAAUACAGCAAGAGGCUCGUUACUUGAUGAAGCAGCCUUGGUAGAGGCCUUGCAAACAGGCAAGGUUGCUUCUGCUGGAUUGGAUGUCUUUGAAAAUGAGCCGGUCGUCCACCCGGGCCUGCUUCACGACAACAGAGUUAUGAUUCUACCUCAUAUUGGGACGACAACACGUGAAACCAAGUGUGAAAUGGAGUUAUUGACUUUGCGGAACAUAGAUAAUGCCUUGAAUUAUGACAAGCUGCUCACACCGAUUCCAGAACAACGGCAAGACCAGUUCUGAGAGAGGACACAUUAGAGAGACAGGAACUCUGUGUUACAGUUGGCAUUUUAUUAAGUCGUCCUGCUAUUAGUAUGCAUGUAGAACUUCUCUCUCAACGAUCACCUCGCAGGGAUUUCAUGCAGUGGAAACUUGACAUCCACCCUUUUUAUUAUUCUUUAUUUCUGUUGAAAUCCUGUACUUACAUUAUACAUAUCACCUUUGGUUAAAGGCCUGUGCUACAAGAUCAGCAGAUGAUUGUGGUAGGGAUUUCAUUACCUUCGUCACUCUUCUUCUGCAGGAUCGGUUCAACCUCUGGCUAAUAAUAAUAAUCGGAUUUCAUUGUUCAGCAUGGGAUAAGAAAAUAACAAAAAAUAACAUGUGCAUUCUCAUGAACCCACAAUCUGGCUCUGUUCAUAACCCUGAUUCAAUCACAAAGCUGACCACUGCAUGCUUUUAUACAUACCCCUGCUCCUACACUCACCAACCCCAAAUUGUACAGGAAAAGCAAGACAUAGCAUUAUUCAUGAUCCAGAUCACCAACGAGAGCCACCUGAGCCAUAUCCACCGCCAUAACCUUGCCCGUGGCUUUGCCUAGAAUCAUGCCUGGAAC